UCAUACAUCCAUCGCCUCUUCACGUGUGAUCUUGUGUACCUCCUCGGCGUGCGGUUCCGCGCUGUGGACCUCAAGAGCCGAUGUCACCAUGCUGGACUCGUUCCCCUCUGGCUGGCCGUCCGCAAUGUCCUCAAUGUCGUCAAGGUCCAGCACCUCCCGCAAGUGCAUCUCUUCUCGCUGAUCAGAAGACACGUCUCCAUCGCUCACGUGGUGUUCCUCCAACACCGCCCCUUCCUCCUUUCUCUGGGCCCCCUUCUUGCCGCCAUCGUCCUUCUUCUUCGGGGGGAGCUUCAGGAACACACUCAGCCUGCCAAUAGACGACCGGUUUCCAGAGGAAAGUAUCGAGGCCCUUUCUUUGUCGUGGGGCGACUGCAGGUCGGGUGUAGCUGUUGGCUGCAGAGACGGGGAAAGGGCACCCUGGGGCUUGCUGCCCUUGUUCUCGCCUUCGUCGUGCUGUCGCCUGUCGUUGCGUUCAUCUCCUUGGUCGCCGUCUUCCUCUCCUUCAGCGUCCGGGUUGCUCAUGAAGUCCAGAUCGUCGUCCAGAGUCAGCUGGAACUCCUUCUUGGCGUCCUCCAGGUCGUCUCUCUUGCUGGAAUCCAGCGAUCCAGUGCCCCACCGCGUGAUAAGCCUGCCAAUUCUCUUGGAUGUGGCCGCACUUGGACUUAUCGGGUUUGAUGGCGUAUGGUUGUCAUGGCGGGGCGACGUCGGGGCUCCUUGCUGUGCGCCACCCGGGAUUUUACCCAUCACUUCCACUGACGGAAUCACACCACACAGCAAUUCUCUGGGCAGCCAGUAAGUAGAGAACAGUCUCUCUCUCUCUUUCCCCAUCUACACACGCUCAAAGAUGCCCAGGAAGCGCUGGAUGGCCUGACGGUCAAAGCUACAUGAACAAGCACACAAGAGCGUGAGACAUGGGAGCAAGGAACGAGUUUCCGGAAGCCAGCUUUGCCAACUUACGGUGGUAGCCUGGUGAUCUUCCUGACGAGCGACGCCCUGUGCAGGUCGUUGACAAACGCCCCUGCUUCCCUGAGGCGAUCGACGGCCUGCUCGACAGCCGCUUGCAAGCCCUUUUGCAUCUUCCGCUUGGCGUUGAGUGCCACGAGGACACUCGCCACCGCAGCAAUGUUGACGAAGAGGAAGACGAUGAAUGUUGUGACGCUGAAGAAGGAGCUGGACCGUUCCAGCUUGGGGACAAAGUAUGUGGCGAGGGCGGACAUCACGAUCAGAGCUGACAGGAGAGAAGAGGAAGAGGCAGACACACGACGGGUCACCUGUGGGCCCACAAGGGCGGCUGGUCAUGUGUUGUGGUUGCAUAUCCACCUGCCAUGAUGACGGUGUCCAUCACAUUGAUAAGGACAUUUGACCAGGGCCACAGGAUGCACUGAAAGAUCUGAACAAUGCACAGAAGUCAUGGCCACAUGACCGUUGCUGCCGUGUCUCUCUAUCCGUCGCUGACCAGAAAUGUCGUGAGAAUCAAGAUGAAUAUCGUCGCCUGCAUGUGGCCAUCUGAUAGCGAGAUACACAGGCAUAGGUUGCUCAUGCACAUCCGGUCAGGGAACAGGCUUGUCGAGAAAAGGACCAAUCACCUGUCGGCACGAGCACAUUCGUCAUGGCAAGCAGGGUGUUUCGCGUCAUGAAUGCGAUUCCCCACCACCACACAUCAGGCCUGCCAAGCAGAGAAUGAGACAGAAGAGACAGUGUAAUGAGGGCUGAUGCUUCUUAUGCCACACCUGUAGUCCGCGAUUAGAAACUUGUACCUCACCCGAAAGCUGGGAUUGGUGUGGAACAGUCUGCAUGUCACGGAGAAGGGUAUGGAUACACUCUGUGCUUCUGACUCUGUGGUUGCUUUGUUCACCCGGGGGCGUGCCAAUUGAGAUACGAGAAGGACGCCAAAGUGCCGACCACAUAGACCAAGAUUCCAAAUAUCGCCAGAGGCUGUGUAUACCACAUAGACCAUCACCACAUGUAGGCGCACACCAGAAUGCGGGAAUGGCUCACCAGGAACUUGCUUAACCACUCUCCCUCAGAGCAGAGGAUCUCCGGGAAAGCUCUCAUGGAGAAACGGCCUGAUGCAUUGGAGCAUGGUACCAGUAGACAUAGAUGCAGCACGUCAGUCUUACCAUCUGGUGCUUGUAGCAUUGGAAGAUAAGGAACGAGUUCGUGCUGCAGACAGAGACAUUUUGCGUGUGCACUUAGGCAGCAGUAUGAGGAUCGCUUACCAAAGUGUGAUGUACAGCACCCUGAUUGUCCAGAGAUACACGUUGAUGGUUUUGUCUGGGAUCAUGGGAAGAUCCCACAGGAGAGCCCAACUCACUCUCACAAACCACGGUCGCCCGGCAAAGUCGUCCCUUUUCCUCCUCUUCUGUCCGCCUUCGCCGCCUGUCUCCUGCCGCACGAUCGCAGCCCCCCCUUCAGCGCCUUGUGUCAGCGAGCCCCUCGGAGAUGCCAUAGACAUUCCCGUGUGGCUGCUGCCCACGGACAUGCCGUGUGGCUGCGAGCCAUCGACACGUUGGUGUUGCUGCGGCCGCCCAGUGAGUUGGCCCUAUCGAAAAAGUCAGGCGAGACGAGGAAUCGGUCGCGGACCUUGGCUAUCAGGACAGAGAGCCCCCACAGCAGGGCGUAGCCGGUCAGGGCCACCAGUGGCAGUGACAUACGAAUGAAGAAGUUCGCAAAGGGGCUCAGCUGGACGCUGCAUGAGGGGCGAAGCAUCUCGGGAUUGAGAAUGAAAAUCUGCACUCAUGCGGCAAGCAAGAUAGCAGGCGGGAGUCCCUGUCUCAAGGAGUGAAUUCGUCAAGCUUGCCUGCAUGCCGCUGAUGAUGGCCCUCCAAGGGCUGAUCCACUGCAUGUUGAAGUUUGCGAAUAGCGACAGCGUCAUAUAGAAGUUGACCUGAGCAUACCGAGACAAAUCGCGCAUGCAGACGCAUAGCCAGCCGUAGAGAGUCAGACAGCCAUGUGUACGUACCAGGAGAGCAAAGAGCGGUCCGGUCCCCGUGGACUGCGAGCCGGUGAAACUGUAGCUGUGAUUUCUCAUCACGUAGAGAAGAUACAGGGCCGCCAACAUCAACACGCCACACACGGCGGGAAUGGCUGAGUCGCCGUCGUCGCACUCCACGCACGAACCUGCAGAGGCACCCGUUUGUGAAUCCGCAUGCAUCGAGUCUUACAGGAAGAUUCGGCUUGUGGCUCACCGGAUCCUUGCUUGAAGUACCCGUCUUUGCACCCCUCGCAAAGCAUGCCUGCAACAAGCAAAGGAGCAAACUUGGCUCUACGAGCUUCUGGAAGAUGUUCGCUCACCAGUUGCACCCGUUUUGCACAUGGUCUCGUUGGGGUACCGAGAGGGACACGCUUCAGGAAUGCCGCAUCGGAAGAUAGACACCUCUUGAAAUAGCUCCACCUCGCUCUGGCUGAUUUUGUCUACCCAGUAUCCCUCUCUCAGACGGGGCAGCUUCAGGCCGCCCGCACACGUAGCGCCUGCAUGAAGAUGAUGUGUCUCGGUGAGGUCAGUAGACAGGGGUGCACUUACCUUCAGGACAAGAGCGGCAUUUAUCAGCUACCUGGUCGAGAUACGUGUCCUCAGGACACUGCGACACAGUUUAUCGAAGGUCAAAGGAAAUGCUGCGGCUGCGAUAGGGCUUAAUCGCAUUGUGUUGUCUCACCACACACUCGUCCACCGACUCGGUGCCGAGGGAAAGGGUUGUCUUUUGGCUUCCGACAGGGCAGUCGGUACACGACAGCGCCCCACUGACGUUCGUGUAGGUGCCGAAUGGACACCUGCCGCACACCCAUGCCGCAACAAAUACAUGCGCCACUCACGAAUUGCAAGUCCGGCCCACUCACCUCUCGCACUUCGUAAGACUCAU